AUGUGGAUACAAAGCUGUGGAAGUUUAAACGACUUGGACGGUGUGGAGAAAGUUGUAGAGGAGAUGAAAGAUGAUUCCUCGUGGGAUACAUUUGCUAAUUUAGCAUCGAUCUAUGCUAAAGCUGGUCUCUAUAGUAAAGCAGAAGCAGCGUUGAAGUCUUUGGAAGAGAAGAUGAACCCACACAAGCGUGAUUCGUAUCAUUUCCUCAUUAGUUUGUACGCUGGAAUCUCUAAUCCUUCCGAGGUUUAUCGAGUUUGGGAGUUGUUAAAGAAGGGUCACCCUAACGUCAACAACUCGAGUUGUCUUGCAAUGAUGCAAGCACUGAGUAGACUCAAAGACAUGGAGGGAAUCAAGAAGGUAUUUAAAGAGUGGGAAUCAACUUGCUGGAAUUACGAUAUGAGGGUGGCUAAUGUGAUGAUAAGCAGCUACUUGAAAGAGAACAUGUACGAAGAAGCUGAGGCUGUUUUCAACGGUGCGGUGAAGAAGUGUACUAAAGGUCAGUUUUCGAAGGCGAGGCAGCUUUUGAUGAUUCAUUUGUUGAAGAAUGAGAAGGUGGAGUUGGCUCUGAAGCAUUUGGAAGCAGCUGUUAUGGAUCAAGACAAGAACUGGACUUGGAGCUCAGAGCUAAUCAGUUCCUUCUUUCUCCAUUUUGAAAAGUCUAAAGAUGUUGACGGAGCAGAAGAGUUGUGCAAAACUUUGACGAAAUGGAGUCCUUUAGGUUCUGAAACUUACACUCUUCUUGUACAGACUUAUGUAGCUGCAGAGAGAACUUGUCACGGUAUGCGAGAGAGAUUGGAGGAAGAUGGGAUCGAAAUAGACCAAGAAAUGGAAGGUUUGCUUAGCAAGAUUUGCCGUUGAUUAUCACCCUAAAAAAGCAUGAAUCUGUCUACUGAUUAAUCAAUUAGUAAACGUUUUGUUUUACAUUGCGUUUAUAGAAGCGAAUUGUUCUGUUUCAGUACUUCUGGUGUUUCAUUUAACUUAAUUCAACAUAAACGUAUGAUAUUGCGUUUCUUGUAGUUAGGAAAUGGAUCUGUUCCUUUUUGUCUCCACUUUGAGAGAUCUAAAGAUUUUGAGACGAUUUUGUUUGCA